GCGGCCGCGGGUCGAAGCCUCAGUAGUGAGUGACACCCGUUGACACCUGAUCGAGCGUCCGGCAGAGUCGAGUGACGUCCCUUUUCAGUGUCUGUCGUGAUAUAUAUUUUAAACGCCCCGAAGUUCGCCCGCCAACAUCUCGUUCGACAUGAAGUGGAUCGUGGCCAUGGCCGUGCUGGCCCUGGCGACUUGCUGCGCCUAUGCCGAGUUGGACGUGGUGAAGGUGUGCCAGCCGGGCGCGACCUGGAACGACGGCUGCAACGACUGCCGCUGCACGGACACGGGCGUGGCGCUGUGCACGCAGCGGGCGUGUCUGCCUGCGCCCUCGCUGGAGCCCGCCCAGCAGGCCGAGUGCAAGGAGGGUGACGUCUGGCAGGAGGACUGCAACACCUGCAGGUGCGCCAACGGCCGCAAGGCGUGCACGUACAAGCUGUGCCUCGGCGGCGGACAGGACAGGCCCGACCCCAACAACUGCACGCCCGGCGCCACCUGGAAGCAGGACUGCAACAGCUGCAGGUGCACGCCGACCGGGCGGGCCGCGUGCACGCUCAUGGCCUGCCUAGGAGGUGGCAACGGCGGCACCAAUAACGGGGAGGGCCCCGUCGUGGGCAACGAGUGCACGCCCGGCACCAGCUGGCGCCAGGACUGCAACGGCUGCAGGUGCACCGCGACCGGGCGUGCCAUCUGCACGCAGAUGGCGUGCCUGUCCAAGAGGAGCGUCAAGCCCGAGCGCGUGGGUGACGAGUGCACGCCCGGCACCACCUGGAAGAAGGACUGCAACACCUGCAC